GAAACGAAAUUAGACUGAUAAUUUAGAACAUGUAUUUCUUCAUUCUAAGCUGAUUUUAUGCCCACAAAGCCCUCCAUCUCUUGUGACAUUGCUAAUUGAUGCGUAUUUUAUUAUUUGCUUAUUCUGACACAAGGUAUCAUGUUUUCCAGGCCAUCAUUCACUCACUAUGUGGCUAAGGUUGACUUUGAACUUCUGAUCCUCUGCCACCAUCAUCCCUUGUUUGUGAGUCACUGAGGGUGGAAUCCACAGCUUCAUGCAUGAGAAACAGAAGAUGACUGAGAACAACUACUCCUUGACAAUAGAGUUCAUCCUGGUGGGAUUCUCGGAUCACCCAGACCUGAAGACCCUUCUAUUCCUGGUAUUCUUUGUCAUUUAUCUAGUCACCAUGGUGGGAAAUCUUGGACUGGUGGCCUUGAUCUACAUGGAACGCCGUCUUCACACACCCAUGUACAUCUUUCUGGGCAACCUGGCUCUCAUGGAUUCUUGCUGCUCCUGCGCCAUCACUCCCAAGAUGCUGCAGAACUUCUUUUCCGUGGACAGAAGGAUUUCUCUCUAUGAAUGCAUGGCACAGUUCUAUUUUCUCUGUCUUGCUGAAACUGCAGACUGCUUCCUUCUGGCAGCAAUGGCCUAUGACCGCUAUGUGGCCAUAUGUAACCCGCUGCAGUACCACACCAUGAUGUCCAAGAAGCUCUGCCUUCAGAUGACCACAGGAGCCUACAUAGCUGGACACCUGCAUUCCAUCAUUCACAUAGGGUUCUUGUUCAGGUUAACUUUCUGUAGGUCUAAUGUAAUCAAGCACUUCUUUUGUGAUGUCCUUCCAUUAUAUAGACUCUCCUGUGUUGACCCUUAUCUCAAUGAAUUGAUGAUACUCAUCUUUUCAGGAUCAGUUCAAAUUUUUUCCAUUACUAUAGUCCUGAUAUCUUAUUUCUAUAUCCUUUUCACUAUAUUCAAAAUGAAAUCUAAGGAGGGAAGAAGCAAAGCCUUAUCUACUUGUGCUUCUCACUUUCUGUCCGUGUCAAUAUUCUAUGGGUCUCUUCUCUACAUGUAUAUUCGACCAAGUUCAGUUAAUGAAGGAGAUAAAGAAAUACCUGUUGCUAUUUUUUAUACUCUGGUAAUUCCUUUAUUAAACCCUUUUAUUUAUAGCCUGAGAAAUAAGGAAGUAAUAAAUGUGAUUAAAAGAAGCAUGAAGAAGAAAUGAUUUUGUAAUGUUGUGAAACAAGUAUCGUCUCCCCUGGACAAUUUCUACUAGAUACUACAAUUCUCCAAAACUACAGAUACAUGGAAAAUAGAAAAUGACAGAAAUAAAAAAUGUUAAUGCAUUAGGCUGUUUGAAUCAAAUCAUUUUUUAAAAAAUUAUUCUGAUAAAAUUUACUUCUACUAUCUAAGGAACAGGGACCAAUUUGAACUGUUAGGAUUGAUCAUGAAUGUGACAGUUUUUGAAAUAUUUAGAAAAUUUAAAGGAUAAAAUUUAGUAUAUAUUAGGUAAAUCUUCAUUUCACUGUUGUCAAAUUUCUUGAUCCCAACCAUAAUCAGCGCAAAUCUCAAUAACACCGUUUUCAAUAACAUCGUUGUUGGGGAGUUUAACUUUACAUUGGUACAUGAUGGUUUUUUAUCUGACUUUAGAUAUUUAAGAUAGUAUGAGUGAACAGUCAUUCACACAGAGUAGACGGCUUUUCAUUAAGAGCAUUUCAUAUUUGGUAUGCACAAUUUUACUCUCAUUCUAUGAAACAGACUAUUUGUAUUCUGGGGACUUGCUGACAUGUAGUUUAAAAUGAUGUUCUUUGUGAUGAAAUUCCUAAGGACUUUAAUUUAUUGUCAUUGUUCAUGUGUUCAUCAAUAUGGCAUUCCAGUUAUUAAAUAUAAUCAUUAACAAAAGUUUUCUGAUAUGAUCACUGAUUUUUGGUUUGUGUGAUUAAAACAACAAAAACUGGCAUUACAUAUUGACAUGUUCAUAGCAUAUGUAAAAUAGUGAUGCCAUGUUCAAGUAAUUCAUGAGGUAGGAAAUCAAUGGAUUGAUUGAAAACACAAUGUUUAGUCAUCAAAAAAUUUUGCAAAAUUAAACAAAGAUAGCUUACUGUAAACAGUUUAUCUGCAAGGAAGUGUGUGAGGCCUUUCAUGUAUACUACAGACCAAGUAAUUGGUUUUAUUUUGAUGUUUUUCUUGAAUAAAAAAACUCAUGCUUUAAAAUA